AUGCGCGGAUUCAGCGGGAAAUUAGGGCGGUACCGGCGAUGCAUGCUGCUGGUGGGGGGUGUGACUUUAGUGAAUGGGAUUUUGUCUGUGAUUCUACUGGAGUUGAUAAUCAACGGUGCAAGGUCGUGCCCUGGGGGUAACUGCCACUUGCAUGUGACUGAAGCUGAUGCACAGCUGAAGAAUUAUGACAUCCAUUCCACCCGCCAGCUGUCGUCACGCAAGGCCCAGUUCCUCUCGGACGACGCUGAUGUGGACAAUGACCUGGACAUAGAAGCUGACGUGGAUGACGGGUCUGUCGUGGAUAUAGAGCUACCCUCCCUCUCCCUCUCUUCCUCCUCCUCUGUCUCCUCGCACUCUCGUGUCACCCCCUCCCCCUUUCAUUCAAACCGAGCCGUCACCACACCGGGGCCUGUUGUUACGAAAGCCGUUCUUCCCUCACCUGCUGUUACCACACGUACUGUUGCCACACCCAAACAGACUGCCGCCCAAGAGAAACAGGCUCGUCUUCAACAGCAGCAGAGGGAAGCAGCCGCCCGGCAGAAGGAAGCAGCCGCCCGAGAAGCUGCCGCCCAGCAGCAAAAGGCUGCCGCCCAACAGAGACAAGCUGCCGCCCGAGAAGCUGCCGCCCAGCAGCAAAAGGCUGCCGUCCAACAGAGACAAGCUGCCGCCCGAGAAGCUGCCGCCCAGCAGCAAAAGGCUGCCGCCCAACAGAGACAAGCUGCCGCCCAGCAGAAGGAAGCAGCCGCCCAGGAAGCUGCUGCCCAACAGAGACAAGCUGCCGCCCAGCAGAAGGAAGCUGCCACCAAGCAGAAGGAAGUAGCCGCCCAAAAGGAAAAGACUGCCGCCCAGGAGCAGCAAACCGUUGCCGCCCAGCAGCAACAAACAGGCCCGAAAACCCGAACCCCCAAGCCUUUUUACGAACGGAUGAGCGCCAAGUGGCACGUAACCCCUUUACCGCGCGUGCACGGCGCAUACCUGUUACAGCAGAAGCACGACUACUCGUGCGUGUUACUGGUGCAGGACCUGUGCUACCUGUUUAUGGCGGGUAAAGGGGCAUACCAUAACGCGUACACAGGUGUGUGGUUUGUGAGGGAGGCUAUGAGUGAGAAUAGCUCGGAGUUAGUGGGGCCAUACUCGCCUGACUGGAAGAAGCCAAGGGGAGCGACCAAGGGAAGCAGCAGAAGGAGGCUAUUACGUAGUGGCGGAGGGUCGGAGCUAGUGGGGCCAUAUUCGCCUGAGGAGCAGGAGGAGCAGGAACGGCAGAGGGCGCAGAAGGUGGGGGGAGAGGGGGAGGGAGGGGAAGAGGGGGAAGGAGGGGAAGCGGGGCAGGGAGAAGUGCAUGCAAGCGAGUUUCCGAGUGAGGGUUUAGAUCACGCUGUCGCCAUGUGGGAAGUUUCCCGGCACUUUCCAAGGGAGGGGCCGCUGGGGGAGGACGAGGAGGCUGAGUGGGGGGAUGCGAAAGUGGGAGGGGCGAGAGCGUUGGGGGAGAAGUGGAGUGAGAAAGAGAGGUCUAGGAGGCGGCAGCGGUGGAGGAGGAGGGAGAAGGAGGGAGCGGAGCUCUCGCUGUUCUUCCCCAGUGAGAAGACGAUCAGGAGCAAAUGGACGGCUGGGAUCGCUCAGAUGCUUUUUGGGCCAGCUUCGGAGGUUUUAGCCGGGCACAGGGAGGGCCGGCCUGUGUGCUUUGAUCAGGUGGCGUUUGUGCUGAAUGCUCGGCAUUUAAACUCGUCCACACAGGGGUUUAAGGAGGACGCUUGGGGUCUGGCAGAGGUGGCUGCGAAGGUGUUUCAGCGGAGGGAGGAGAACGGGGUGACAGGGGAUGGGAACGGGGAUUUCGAGGUUGAGGAGGAGAUGGAGAUGGGGGAGGAGGAGCAGGAGAAGCAGAGGAGGAGAGACGAAGCCGGUUCGGCAAGUAAAAACAAGGAGAGCCGAGAGGAGAGUGAGAAGAGGUUUCGGGAGGAGGUGAUUCAGCGAGAGAGAACGCACGCACUCGCACGUGUGGUGAUACGGCAGGGAGACGAGGUUUUGAACGCGGCUUUAAGGGGGCAUGACUUUGAUCGGAAGCUGGAAGUCACGGUGGUGGAGAGGGAGGAGCAGCGCACAGUGAGCAACAUGGGGGAGGUGGCGUGGCAUGUGAGGGACCUCUUUCCCCGCCACGUCACCAACCAGUACCACCUUGCUGACUCACCACUGCUCGAGCAGAUGGCACUGUUUCAGCACACGGCGCUGUUCAUCAGCAUGCACGGCGCCUCCCUCAGCAACCUCAUCUUCCUCCCCCCAGGCAGCACCGUGCUCGAGCUCUUCCCUUUCAAGUUCCACUCCGAUGCAUACAAGAACCUCGCCCUGCGCAACGGAAUCAACUACUUCAUGUGGGAGAACACCCACCUGGAAGCUUCCUCCUACACCGACGAUUGCUUAGCUAAGGGCGGGUGGGAGAAUCUGGAGGAGAAGGAGUGUCGGAACGUGAGGGGGUGUUUUCUGUGUGCGAGGGAUCAUUCGGUGACGGCGGUGAAUAUGGAGGAGCUGGAUAAGGUGCUUCUGAAGGUGCAGAGAGCGGUGCGGAGGUUUCUGCAUGAGGAGAGCUUGAAGAAGCUGCAUGGGGUUACAGCAGCUGCUGUUACUGCUUAG